GAAUGCUUUGGGAGGAUUCUUAAUUUACUUAAAGUCAUGCGGUUUAAUUGGUAGCAGAACAAGAAGAAGAGUGCUGCUUGCCCUUUUUAAACAUGAGAGCCUUUAAACCAACCAGCAAAGUGUCGGACAAAUGAUUGAAAACUUAGAGAUCAUGGGAAAUCUGGACUAAGACCCCCUCUGGAAAAUGGAGAAACAAGACUUAACAAGGAGAAAAUACUUCAAGGACAAGGCAUGGACGAGCCUCUUUCUGAAACUGGAUUCAAACAGGCAGCUGCCGCCGGGAGUUUUCUGAAUAAUGUGCUAUUUACUCAUGCAUUUUCCAGUGACCUCACAAGGACAAAGCAGACCAUCCAUGGAAUUUUGGAGAAAAGCAGAUUUUGCAAAGGCAUGACAGUAAAGUAUGAUUCAAGACUUCGAGAGAGGAAGUAUGGGGUCGCCGAAGGCAAGGCGCUGAGCGAGCUGCGAGCCAUGGCCAAGGCUGAGGGGAAGGAGUGCCCGGUGUUCACGCCUCCCGGAGGAGAGACGCUGGACCAGGUAAAAGUGCGUGGAAAAGAUUUCUUUGAAUUCCUCUGUCAACUAAUCCUAAAAGAAGGAAGUGAGAGAGGACAGCUUUCCCCAGAAGUUCCAGGCGACUGUCUGGAAACGUCUUUGGCAGAGAUAUUUCCUCUAGGAAAGAACUGCAGUGCUGAGUUUCGUUCGGGCCUGGCAGCCAGCAUCCUGGUUGUGAGCCACGGCGCCUACAUGCGGAGCCUGUUCGGCUAUUUUCUCACCGACCUGAAGGGCUCCUUGCCGGCGACUCUGAACAGAUCGGAGCUCUCGGCCGUCAGCCCCAACACCGGCAUCAGCCUGUUCAUUGUAGACCUGGAAGAGGGGGCCCAGCCCGCGGUCCACUGUGUCUGUAUGAACCUGCGGGACCACCUGAGCUCGCUCAGCUGACAGGGCCUUGAGGUUCUGCAGGGCGCCUUGGCUUGCUUGUCCAUCUCUGCUGUGCCACUUUGGAAAUGGAGUAUCAGGUUACAAACGUGCGUGUCACACAGCCACAGAAAGCCCUUUGCACUGUGAUUGCCUUUGGGAGAGGGAGCGCUGGCAGCGUGCAGCUGGGUUUUAGGGACCUUGUUACCGUGUUCCCCAUUUGAAUGUUGAUGUAGUUUUUAAUGCCCAGCUUAUAUUAUUGGCUCCUGGUAAAAUGCUGUAUGCUCUCUACAUCUCAGCCAGUGCUUCAGAGAAAACUCCUUGUAAUCGACACCGUGUAUUUGUAGUGACCACGUUAUAUGGAAAAAGUCCUUUAAAUGAAAUAUUCUUGCCAUCACAAGUUUAUGUAAAGUAUAAUGAUAAAAUAACACUACAUGUUUUACGUACAAACCAGCUGUUGGAAUAUUUCUUUUUGUUCUAGAGGGCUGAAGGGCAGGUGCAUCUGGGUUGUUGUUGCAGAAAGUUGCAGGGAAAGAAGUCGGGCUGCAUGGCUAAAAUACAUCACUGUAGUGGUGAGCAAAGGCUGCCGUGAAAGCCCGGAAGGUAAACAGCAAUGUACGGAAAACCCAAAGUCUGGCAGAAAGAGUGAAGAAUGAGACCAGCUUGCUUCUUACCUGACCAGCGGGAUAAAGAACGUCCAGGUUAAGGAAGGCUGGGAAUAAUGCCUGUAACAGUAGCAACCUGGAGAGUUGCCGGGGACCCAGAAGGUGCAGGUGAAGUUGUCUCUUCUUCCCACCAGUUGUCACUAGAGAAAGGGUUUUGAUCCACCU